AUGUCUUCGACGAUCCGCCUUGGUGUAGCGGCCAUGGACCGCAAGGCGCGGUCCAAACCCAUGCAAAACAUUCUCAACCGUAUGCUGAGCAUGGGUGACUUCGAGGUGAUCGUGUUUGGCGACAAGGUCAUUCUAGAUGAGGAUGUGGAUACAUGGCCGAUUGUCGACGUACUCAUCUCAUUCUUUAGCACUGGAUUCCCGUUAGAGAAGGCCAUUCAGUAUGUCAAUCUCCGAAAGCCCGUGUGUGUGAACGAUCUAAGCAUGCAGACCGUGCUUUGGGACCGCCGCGCCGUGCUGCGCAUUCUGGCGGCCGCCGGUGUGCCCACUCCCCCCAGUGUAUCGGCGGACCGCGAUGGUGGGCCUCAGCUCGAUGCGCAGAUCGUUAACGAGAUAAAGAAGCAACUCGAUCUCGAUCUUGGAGUGCGGCAUCCCCCUGCGUCCGUCCAGCUGCUUGACCACGACGUCCUUCAGGUUAACGGCGAGACGAUCCGCAAGCCUUAUGUCGAAAAACCUGUUAGCGGUGAGGACCACAAUAUCCACAUCUACUUUUCCGCAGAACGCGGCGGUGGCGGACGCCGGCUCUUCCGCAAAGUUGGCAACAAAUCGUCCGAGUUUGACCCACACCUUGUGGAGCCGCGUAUGGACGGCUCGUACGUGUACGAGUCGUUUAUGGAUGUCGACAAUGCAGAAGAUAUUAAAGUGUAUACAAUUGGGCCAGACUUCGCCUAUGCAGAGACGCGCAAAUCGCCUGUUGUCGAUGGUCUGGUGAAGCGAAACCCAGACGGCAAGGAAAUCCGCUACGUCACGCAACUUUCAUCCGAAGAGCGUGAGAUGGCUCGUAAAAUUUCCCUCUCCUUCAAGCAGUUUAUCUGUGGCUUUGAUCUUCUGCGUGUGAAAGAUAAGAGCUACGUGAUCGAUGUCAAUGGCUGGAGCUUUGUCAAGGGCAACGACGACUAUUACGACAAAUGCGCUGAGAUUCUCGCGCACUUUUGCCGCGCUCAAUCGAUGUCCAGACCCCUUCGUCGGCCUAGCGAGCUAGUGUAUGCCAUCGAUGAGACGUCCAGCUGGGUUCUCAAAGCAAAUGUUACUGUGUUCCGCCAUGGCGAUCGGACCCCCAAGCAAAAGAUCAAGCGGUCCUUCAAGGUAAAGGACGCGUGGUCUGCGCCUCUGGUAGAGCUCUUGCACGGUUGCCGUGAGGAGAUCAUCCUGCGGUCGCAGCUGGAACUGGUAUCGGAUGCACUGCAGCGCGCCUUGACGAUAGAAGGCGCCCCCGUCGCCGAUCUCGAGUUUGCAGCCGAUAUCAUCGAGCGUAAAAAGCAAUACCCGGGUACGAAAAUCCAGCUCAAACCUACAUUUGACAAGACUAAUGACAUGCUUGAGAAGGUGCAAAUGGUGAUCAAAUGGGGCGGCGAAUUUAGUCAUGCCGCGCGGCAUCAGGCCCGGGACUACGGUACCAACAUGCGCCGGGACAUGUUGAUUAUGAACAAAGAGGCGCUUCACAAUUGCUUCAUCUACACUAGCUCAGAGCGUCGUGUGUUUGCUUCUGCCGAGAUUUUUUCUGAGGCAUUUUUGCGCGAUGAAGGCGGCGAAGAAGAGCCUCCUAAGCCCAAGGAAAUGAUCGUGCGCAAGGAUCUGCUGGACGACUCGAAUGCUGCUAAGGAUCUAAUGGACGAAGUCAAAAAGGAACUGCAGACAUUGAUGCAGCCAGAUUCGCCCCAGGCGCAAGAGCGCCCUGAGGGCUGGCCUGAUGAUCUGCCGCCCCCCAACUGCAUCACCAGUGAAAUUCGCAUUCUGCUGCAGAGCCUCGGAGAGACCAUGCAUGAUAACUUUGCCAAACUGGAUGUGGACAAGAUUCAGCAGCGCUGGUGCACGCACGAGACGCCAGCCUUGUUUAGGGAGCGCUGGGACAAGGUCAUUGGUGACUUUCGCGACAAGCCCAAUGAAUCGUCCCGCGCUAGUGAGUUGGCAGAUAUGCUCUCCCAUGAUGGCCUGCACAACCGCAAAUUUCUGGAAACUAUCUUUUCCGUCGAUGCAGAUAACAGCGAGCAGAAACUUGAACGUCUUCAUCGCCUGUACCGUAUGAGUUUGGCUCUGUUCAGUUUCGUUUGCCCUCGUGAAUAUGGCAUCACCAGGGAGCAGAAAGAGCAGAUUGGUCUCCUCACAUCGCAGCCCUUAUUGCAAAGCAUUGUCGACAAUCUAAAGGCAUCCGAGAACAAAAAGGGUCUAUGUGCUUUCUAUUUUACAAAGGAGUCACACGUACAUACCCUGCUCAACUUGAUCCUAUGCUCAAACCUGGAUAUCAUCAUGCCGAAGAUGCCGGCGCUCGACUACUUCUCAAGCAUAACAUUCGAAGUGUACGAGCGGGAAAAUGCAGCAUCCAGCUCACCCUCUGAUGGCAAGAAGGAACGCUCUCUUGUGAUCAGCUUAUCAGAAGGUGCCCACAGCUCAGAGAUCCUUUUCAUCCGAUUGGAUGCACGUCACGCGUUGACACCACUGCCCAGCCGCCCCUUAACCCCGCACAUGGGCUUUGACGAUGCCAUCGCGAAGCUGUCAAGUCUUUGUAAUAAACGCGAUGCCCUGGACACGCGCCGCGGUCAAAUUGAGGGAUCCGCACUAUACUUUGGCGAGCAUGACGCAGAUCAGCGCGUCGUGACCAUCUCUGAAGAGGGCGCUCAUGCAUACGAUUCCCCAUAG